UUUCCGAAAUCCCUCGACAAGCAAUGCUCCACAGAACCAAAAUCCAAACAAUAUGCAGAAACCCAUCUCUGCUAAAAAGACACAGCUCCACAAAACCAAAGCGCGAAACCCCAGACCCAAUCCAAACAAUCUGCAAAAUCAUGUCCUCCACCCCAGUCGCCGCCCUUGACACCGCCCUCGACCACGCCGGCGUCAGGCUCACGCCGGAGAUCGCCGAGCACGUCCUCGCCCGCUUCCAGAACGCCGGCCUGCUCGCCCACCGCUUCUUCCAGUGGGCCGCCAAGCAGCGCGGCUACUCCCACUCCGUCCGGGCCCACCACGCGGCGAUCGAAUCCCUAGCCAAGAUCCGGCAGUACCAGCUCAUGUGGGAGCUGGUGAGCGCCAUGAGAUCCAACGACACUCUCAAUGUCGAGACCUUCUGCAUCAUCAUGAGGAAAUACGCCAGAGCCCGCAAAAUCGACGAGGCUCUUUACACCUUCAAUGUCAUGGAGAAGCACGGCGUUUCGCAGAAUUUGGCCGCGUUUAACGGCCUCUUGAGCGCGCUCUGUAAGUCCAGAAAUGUCAGAAAAGCUCAGGAGAUUUUUGAUAAAAUGAAGGAUCGGUUUGAGCCGGAUUCGAAGACUUAUAGUAUUCUGAUUGAUGGGUGGGGAAAAGAACCCAAUUUGCCUAGGGCUAGGGAAGUUUUUAGAGAAAUGGUUGAUUUGGGUAUUAAGCCUGAUGUUGUGACUUAUGGAAUUAUGGUUGACGUGCUUUGCAAGGCAGGGAGAGUCGAUGAAGCCAUUGAGAGUGUGAGGCAUAUGGAUUCCAAUGGCUGUAAACCGACGUCGUUUAUUUACAGCGUUUUGGUGCAUACUUACGGUGUGGAGAGCAGAAUUGAAGAUGCUGUGGAUGCGUUUAUGGAGAUGGAGAGAAGGGGUGUUGAGGCUGAUGUGGUUGUGUAUAAUGCCUUGAUUGGGGCUUUUGCUAGGGUGGAUAGGUUCAAGAAUGCGAAAAGGGUGUUGAAUGAUAUGAAUUCCAAGGGUGUUAGGCCAAAUUCGAGGACGUGUAAUGUGAUGUUGAAUGGGUUGAUUGGUAGAGGGAGGACAGAGGAGGCGGUUAAGGUGUUUCGCAGGAUGAGUAAGGUGUGUGAACCGGAUGCAGAUACGUAUACUAUGAUGAUAAAGAUGUUUUGUGAGAAGGGUGAGGUUGAUAUGGCCCUUGAAGUGUGGAAGCACAUGAAAUCGAAGCGGUUUGUCCCGAGUAUGCACAUGUUCUCGGUGCUUAUAAACGGGUUGUGUGAGAAGAAAGAUGCUAGUCGGGCUUGUGUAUUGAUGGAGGAGAUGAUAGAGAAGGGAAUCCGGCCGGCAGGAGUGACAUUUGGGAGGUUAAGGCAGUUGUUGAUGAAGGAAGGGAGAGAUGAUGUGCUCAAGUUUCUUCAGCAGAAAAUGAAUCUUCUGGUCAAGGAGCCUCUGUGUGACUGAGGAACCAUGAAUAGACGAGUUGAUGUAUUGGUUCUCUUUUGGUAUGGUUGGGGAAACUACGAAGGAAUUCUCUUGAAAUGCCACAAACUCGUUGCAGUGUGGUUAUAAGGGGAGCAAAAUUCAAUUACUUAAGGUCGGUUGAUUUAGGUUGCAUUGAUGGAUACGAAUUGGGAGCAAAAAUUCAAUUAUUGUGACACGGGCUUCAUUACGGGGAUCAAAUGACUUCAAUUGCUGGCCUUCUGAUAUAAUUGUCGAGUUGAGCACUUUUUUUCUCAACUUUUUCACUCAGCAAGUAGAAAAUCUUACCGACACCUUCGUAUUUCUUGAGCGUGGAGGAGAACUGGAGAAGCCCCCAACCGAGAGGGUGCCACCCUCACACCCGGCUAGCUCUGCGCCUAAACUCUCACGUUGCUUGUCCAGGGAAAUUUCUUGUGGUGGUAUUUGCUCUUUGUAAGAAUUAUCCGGCAAGGAGGAAGGACUUUUGGUGAUUUUGAUAUUGGCAAGCGAGACGAGUUUUGCCCACCGUUUGAACUUGCUUCAACUUCAAAGUUUCCUCUCACUCAAACCAACAUCACAACCACCAUGCUCACUCACAGAAUCGGCGAAGCAUCAAUUAUAAGUGUUUUCUCACUCCAGUCUGUUUGGAGCCACAAGCAAUAGAGGACAUUCUGUU